GCGUCCCGUCCUCAGGACAGGUCGCGCGUCACCUUGACAAGGGUUGUAUCGUGGAAUGAGGAAAAGAAGAUCACACCAUCUGGACAGAAUACUUUAAGAUAUUAACUCUCAUCGAUAACAACUAUCAGUAAUGUGAAAAUUAGACAUCAUAAAUUGACCGCAUCACAGAAUUUGAAAGAAACAGUUGUAAGUCAGGUCUAGUUUCAGAAUGUACCGCCAGUGCGCGAGUCUGGUGGAACGACACCGGUCAGAGCUGAGUUUCGCAUUGCUGUUGUCAGGCUAUGCGCUCUACCUGAUUCUUGGCGCAUGGGUCUUCUCCGCCGUUGAGCUUCCAUAUGAGCAACGGCUGCGCGAACAGCUGGAGACCGCCCGGCAAAAGUUUCUCUGGGACAACGCGUGCGUGUCUGACGAAAGGCUCGAGGAGCUUCUGAUCCGCGCGCUGCAUGCCAAUAACUACGGCGUGUCGGUGCUCGGUAACGCUAGUGAAAACAACUGGGACUUCAUCUCCUCUCUGUUCUUUACCAGCACAGUUCUAACCACCACGGGCUAUGGUCACACUGUACCACUGUCAGAUGGAGGAAAGGCAUUCUGUGUGUUCUACUCUCUCCUCGGAAUCCCCGUCACUCUCCUCUUCCUCUCCGCCCUGGUACAAAGAAUUAUGGUCCUGGUGACGCGCCGACCUGUAGCGUACCUUCACCUGCGAUGGGGCGUGUCCAAACCAAAGUUUGCCGCUGUCCAUGCGGCAUGUCUAUCCGUUGUUGCAGCACUGCUCCUCUUCCUCCUACCAGCGGUAGUGUUCUGCAGGCUGGAGCCUCUAUGGAGCUACCUGGAGUCCCUCUACUUCUGCUUCAUCUCACUUACUACAAUUGGCCUAGGAGACUAUGUACCUGGAGAGACUCACAAUACCGUUCCCAACUCUCACCGCACGCUAUAUAAGCUGGCUAUUACACUGUACCUGUUGCUUGGCUUGGUCUGUCUGUUGGUGGUGGUGGAGACGUGUUGUGAGCUGCCACAGCUGAAGAGCUUCAGGAGGAGAUUCUACAGAGAAAAUAAUGCUCCAGAGUCAGAGACCAGAGACCAGGAGGAGUUUAGCAGCACAGAACAUGAUCAAAUGACUGACCACCUAACUGAUCAGCUGACCUUCUCCUCAGUGUCCGCCCAGGCUGCCUCCCUCCGCCAGGACAACACAACCUGGCAAUAGCAUAAAAUAGAUACUUCACUGUGUAUUGAUGAGAAUGGAAAUGUGUCUUCUGCCUUAUGCCCCUCCUCCCACACACACACAACCACACACAUACACGCACACACACACACGUUGAGAUGCAGCCACAGUGGGAGCCAUUGUGGGGGGUUAAAAUGUCUUGCUCAAGGGAUUGUAUAUAGGAUCAGAAACCAGCAGCCUUCCAUCUGCCAGUUCAGUUCCAUUCCCAUUUUUGUGUCGCCUGGUCCGGGGUUUGGACCAGCAACCUCCCAGCUGUUGGGCACGUUCUUUUUGCAUCGCCUAGUGCUUGGGUUGGGCGGAGAUUGUACAUUUUAAAGUAGACCAUUCCAUUGGUUCUAAAGUGAAUUCUCCACCAACUAGACAAUGCAAAACAAGCGCACCCAUAAAGUGUGUGUAUAUGUGUGUGUGUGUGUGUGUGUGGGGGGAGGGGGGGGGGGGGUUAUUGUAUGCAUGCCACUGUCUUGUGAGCAGGGUGGUUUUGGGUGCUCUACACUUCCUCAUUCAAACAAAUUAGCUAUACUGUUUGAAUGAGAGAUGUGUGGCUAACCAGUGUGUUGCGGGAUUGGCGAUUACUCUAGACCAGAAUCUCCCAAUCUCAGUCACUUUUUAAAAAAUAAAUCAAAAUAAAUUCA